CCCCGGGGUGGGGCGGGGGCGGGCUAGCUAGGGCUACAGCAGCUCUGCCAGCCUUGUGAGCUGAAGCCCUCUUGGGCUGGGAGAAGCAGAGGCUUUGCCAGCCUGCUGCAGGCUCUUGCUACUGACAUUGGCUCUGGCUUUAUAGACACGCACACACGCGCAGGCCGCACACGCGCGCACACACACGCACACACUCACUGGCAGGCACCCCCAUGGUGGCUUCCACAGUCUCACCCUCAGGCUCCAAGCUGGCUCUGUGGGGACACCAGGACAUGAGAGGCCCACCGCAGCCCCGCCUCCUGGUCUUCUCCCUCCUCUGCAUGCUCUCCAAGGUGUGUGCCCAGCUGUGCCCGACCCCAUGCGCCUGCCCCUGGCCACCACCGCGAUGCCCUCCGGGAGCACCUCUGGUGCUGGAUGGUUGUGGCUGCUGCCAGGUCUGUGCACGGCGGCUGGGGGAGCCCUGUGACCACCUCCACGUCUGUGAUGCCAGCCAGGGCCUGGCCUGCCAGCUCGGAGCUGGCCCUGGUGGCCAGAGGGCCACAUGUCUCUUCGGCGAGGACGACAGCGGCUGCGAGCUGAACGGCCGCCGGUACCGCGACGGGGAGACCUUCCAGCCGCACUGCCGGGUCCGCUGCCGCUGCGAGGACGGCGGCCUCACCUGUCUGCCGCUGUGCAGCGAGGACGUCCGGCUGCCCAGCCCCGACUGCCCCCGGCCUCGCAGGGUACAGCUGCCGGGCAGGUGCUGCCCCGAGUGGGUGUGCGACCAGGGCCCGGAGCUGCGCGUCCCGGGACACCAGUUUCCUGGCGUUGUUGCUCCCCCUGCCCCUGGUGUUCCCUGCCCAGAAUGGAGCACAGCCUGGGGUCCCUGCUCGACCACCUGUGGGCUGGGCAUGGCCACCCGGGUGUCCAACCAGAACCAGCUCUGCCGACUGGAGACUCAGCACCGCCUAUGCCUGCCCAGACCCUGCCCUCCUGCCAGAGGUCGCAGCCCAUGGAACAGUGCCUUCUAGAGCCAGCUGGGAAUAGAGCCAUGGUGCCCACUAGCCCUAGCAGGUGGCCCUGUGCCCAGGUCCCAAGCUGACACAGAUGGCCCCGGACAUGCUUGCCUGUA